CAGAUUCCCCACGUACCUGCACACAAGGAGAGAGAGAAGGGGGGAGGGCAGCACUGCUGUGUCUGCGCCGUAAAAAAAGAUGAAGAAGAAGAAAUCAGGCACGUCACAUCGCCAUCGGACACGAAGAAGAGCCCGAUAGUGGAAGAAACAUGGCUUCCCCUGCCGGCUGUGAGCAUUAUGUACGCAGCUGCUUAUUGAAAGCACCUUGCUGUGGUAAACUGUACGUGUGUCGGCUGUGCCAUGAUGCAGAGGAGAACCACCAGAUGGACAGAUUCAAAGUCAGAGAGGUGCAGUGCUCCGAGUGUCAGACAGUGCAGCAGGCACAGCAGAUUUGCCAGCAGUGUCAAGCACAGUUUGGGGAGUACUACUGUGACAUCUGCCACUUGUUCGAUAAGGAUAAGAAGCAGUACCACUGUCAGCCAUGUGGAAUAUGCAGGAUCGGGCCCAGGGAGAAGUAUUUCCAUUGUGAGAAGUGCAACCUGUGUUUAGCUCAGGAUUUGCGGGGAAACCACAAGUGUGUUGAAAACGUUUCGAGGCAGAACUGCCCAGUGUGUAUGGAGGAUAUUCACACGUCCAGAAUUGGUGCUCACGUUCUUCCAUGCGGCCAUCUAUUACACAAGACCUGCUUUGAUGACAUGGUCAGAACGGGAGCGUAUCGCUGUCCCCUUUGUAUGCACUCUGCCUGGGAGAUGGGGGACCACUGGGAUCAGAUAGACAAAGAGAUUUCCCUGUCACCGAUGCCCACUGAAUACCAGGGAGCAACUGUCAAAAUAAUAUGUAACGACUGCCAAACCCACUGCACGGUGCCUUUCCACGUGCUGGGGAUGAAGUGCAGCGGCUGUGGCUCCUACAACACUGCACAGGACGGUGGACUCAUCCAGCAGCCUCAACAACAACAACAACAACAGCCAGAGCAAGACACCGAGGAGAACGAGGCAGAAACAGACACAGAGCCGGAGCAGCAAGAUCAACCUCAGUCGCCCACGCUAGAUUAAAAAGUGACAUUUGUACUUUAGAUGUUUGGCUGGUGCACUUGCUUGUACUAACUUACGUUGAGUGUAACGGUUGACUGAGCCAAUAUUCCUAGAUUGUACAUAUUACAAAAAAACAAUCCAUCUAUUUUCUGUAUCUGCUUAUCCUCUUCAGGGCUGGAACCUUUCCCAGCAUGCACUGGGUGUGAUGAAGGGUUUCAGGCUAUCACAGGAUUCACACACUCACACAGGCAAUCUGGAGUCAUUGUUACAAAGGCCACACCACUUGGACUGACGACCCAGAAAGGACUUACUGGUGUUAACACUCUAGCCACUGGGCCACUGUGUGGCACCAUGAUUAAAAUAACGAGCAGGUUAACUUUUACUGCUGGUGGAAGUUGUGCAUUUCAGAACAAUUGUGAUUCUUUUCUGCUAAGUUCGGGGACUGUCAUUCUACUGUACAUCCUAUGUCAAUGUUCUCCGUAACAUUGUGUUGGCUUGGAAUGUAUACACGUCCUUUAUUUUCCUGUACAACUGUACUUAACACUGCACCAGUUUUAUGUGUCAGACCCAAAUAGAAAUUAAAACUAGCCUCAGGCAGACGUCAAACUGACAAAAUAGUAAGCUUGCAAGCUACCUUAACUGACAUACAGGCAGCAUGGCCAUAUACAAACCAAGUGCAUAGGAUUAAAAUAAAAUUCAGGAUUUGUAAAAGUGAAACUCACACACGGGGAUAUUAAAAUGUAUGGAGAUCCAUACUGAUAUCUAGAAUGAUUUACAGGGCGUUUGUGCAGAGAAUUUAAAAACGAGCACUCAAUUUUGCAGCUUUUUUGCUCCGAUGCACAUUCAGUCAGAAAAUAAACAGCAUCAUUCUUAGUCAAACUAAUCCAUAUAUUAUGUACUAAGACUGGAUCCAACUCCUGAUCAUUUUUUUUUUUUUAAUGAACAAUGCUGCAAGGGAAAAAUUUAAAAUCUGUGUCCAAUUGCAGAAUAAAUUCUUGUUUAAAGCUGCAAGCUGUAAUCCAAAUACAAACAAAAGCAUUGCCUCGCUGUCAAUAGUCUGUCGCUCCCCAAAUGAUUGACAGGUUUCUUGUUUUUCUUUUAUACCUUUCAUGUUGUCUACUUGUUUGAAUCAGUUCAUUUUGCAAAAACUGAAGUAUAAGGAAAAAUGUUAGAAAUAAUAAUUUUCCAUUGACAAGGCAAACACUUCACUAAUGAAUUUGAAUGUACCCUUAAUUUGAAAAAUGCUUAUUGAGCCUUUUACCCUGCUCAUUUUGAAAGCCAGUUAAUAAGAUGUAAAUAAGAUAAAAAUAUGUUCCAAGUAUAUUCCUUCUCAUAACAUACAAACAGUUGCCUGAGUCCAGACCUUUAAAUAAGCCCACACCACUGAGUCAGAGUCAAUUCUGUCUGAUAUCAGGCAAAACAUACAGUACUGUAAUUUAUAGUAAGGCCGCUGUGACAUAAGGCCUUUGCUUCCGGUACCAUUUGCUUUUUGUGUCUUUGUUAAUUGCUUUACAAUGACAGUAAUACAAACUCUCAAUAAACAACAUGAUUUUA